AAUAAUGAGUACAUUAGCAGCAGCAAGAGCAGAUAACUUUUACUUUGGGCCAAACUAUGAUCCUAACGGAGUAAUACUUCAUUCCUAUAGUAGGGAAGUUUAAAAUAUUAGAGAAAAAUGAAACUUAAAGGGAAGAGAAAACCAUCAAGAUUAGAUUAAUAUAAAAUAAAAAGUGGUCCUAAGAUUAGAUUUGAAACUCCAUUUCAUGUUAAAUGCUAAAAAUGUGAUCAUAUGAUAGCAAAAGGUGUUAGAUUUAAUGCAGCCAAGAGAGAAGGUAAAAAUUAAGAAAUAUUACCAUAGUGGGUAAAUUUCAUAGCACAACAAUAUUAUAAUUUUCUAUGCUUUGUCCUUCUUGUAAAAAUACAAUAGUUUGCAAGACUGACCCUGAAAAUUGUGAUUAUAAUUAUACAGAAGGAGCAGUAAAAUGGGUAUAUUUUAAUUGUAUUUGAUUUUAAGUUAAGUACAGAGAAUGCAACAGAUAUGAAAUUCAUUCCUAAUCCUGAGUAGAAAAUAAAAGAGUAAUCAAAUGCUAUGUAUAAAUUGGAGGUUGAAGUUGAAAAAGUUAAAUAAAAUAAUUUAGCUUCUGUUAUAGAAGAUUUAUAGAAAUAUCGUUUAGUAUUAAAAAUAAUAUACAUAAAAGGAAAAUUGGAAGGAUGAUUUUGAAAAGAAUUUGAUGUUAAGAAAGAAAUUUAGAGAAGCAAAAUAAUAAUACGCAUAAAUAGAGGCAGAAUAAAAUAAAGUUAAAAACUUUGGAUUACCUAUGGAAGAAUUAACUAAGUCUGAACUUGUAAAUAUUGUUAAAAAAACUAAAAAUUUAGCGUGAUAUUAAAGAUCUAAAAUUUCAUGAAUCCAACAGUAGAAAAUAAUAAAGAGAAAAAAGAUAAGAAAUUAUGAAUCAAAGCAUUUUACCAAGUGGUAGAAUGAAUUCACAAUAAUAAAAAUAAUUGGAAGAAUUGAACAAGAAAUUAAGUUAAAUGCCUGCUGCAACCAGAAAGAUUUUCAAAUAAUAAUUGAUGCCAAAAAAAAACUCUAUUAAAUUUUGA